ACCCGCCUUCUGUAAAACUAUCCAAUCACCGAACAGAGCCCACUGUUUAGAGUCCACCGCGCUUUGUUGUGAGGUUGAGGAACGAAGAAGAGUGACGGCGGUGUAACGUUAGUUACUGGGAUAGAAGUUACUUUUCCUACAGAGCCUCAGUAUCCUAGUAAAGCUAUUCAAGGGGAGGCAUUUUUCUGCAGGGGUGCAUUCUACAGGACAACACUGAAACACUCAAUGGAGGAGAGCCAAGAUUUCUCCCUUUGUGGUAAAGCGGCUGUAACUGAAAAUAAUUUGAGAGAUGAGUACUAUUGGAAGCUUGUUGCAGACUUCAUUGGUGCUCAAUCGGGAGAAGGACUGGAGCUGGAAAACGCACCAUGCAAGAACAGAGUUUUGAUUCAAGUAGGACUUAUGAGAGAGGAAAAUAAUUUUCCAUGGCUUGCCGUUUUAGAUUGGCUCAAGAAAACUUUCCCCAGUCAUCAGUCAGCUGACUUCCGUCGUUUGAUUGAAAGAGGCAUCGCGACAACCUUGAGUCUGGGAAGUAUUGCGAGGCGGACUUUCCUGGAAUCAGACGUCAACUUUAACUUUGUUGGCCCAAUAUGUGAUAGCAUCGGAGUUGAACGACAACAUCUUUUGGAAAUGAGGGAUUUUUCAGAGCGAGCGCAGUCAAUCGAAGUCACAAAUGGAUUGAUUCUCGAGCUAUGCAACUUUGUCACCAGGGAGCGAAUUGCGCCAGUUGUUCUAGUUACUUGGCUUAUGAACUUCAACCCUGAGUUUUGUAAGAAUGGGGACACUCAAAAGGCAUAUAAAGUCCUUAGAACCAAGAUAAAAAAGUUAAAACAGUAUUGCCGCAAUUAUGAAACAAGGAGUCACAGGAGAAAUGCAGCGAUGGAAAAUGUGCUUCAAAGUCCAUUUGAACUGGUGCGGAAAAAAAUGCCACGAUUAAUUGCGAAGAAACGCAUUAAAAAAGACGACCCAAUACAUUACGAAAAAGUUACAAUCAAGCAGGAGUACGAGAGCUAUGAAAUCAUGCAAGAUGAGGAAUCUGAGAUGAACAGGCUGAAAGAUGUCUCUAUGCACGAUGAAAGUGAUGAGGAUUUAGAUGAGUCCAACAGUGAAGACGAAACCUCGGAUAACAAACAAGAGGCUCUGACCCUACUUGACAUUGCAAUGGUGUCUGUCCAAAAGAUGUCAAGUGUGUACGGUGGAAAAAACGAAGCAUGCAAGCAAGUUUGCUUAGAUCUCCUCAAAAAUCAGUAUGCUCUAACAUGCAGGGAGCAUCCAGCCAUGUCAGAAUUUGAGAGACAACUCGACACAUUCAGUGAAGACAUUUCACUUGUUUAUCCCGCGGUGUUUUUAAACUGCAACGCCAACUUCCUCGUUGACAUGCAUGAUGCCGUGGAGAAGCAGAUCAUGAACUUUGAAAGAGAGAUCACUCUGUCGAUGGGAGAGAAACUGGGCCGCGACAAGCUUCCAAAGUUCAAGAACUUUGUGAAUUUGUCAGAGAGCGCCACUUCACGCUACAUCCACAUGGCUUGUGAUAUCUUGAGCCCGAGCACCCGUGACACGCAAAACUACAGGAAACACUGGGUAGCUUUUUGUGAGGAAAAAGGUAAUCCAUCCAGACUUACGACAAACCAGUCAAACCGAUUCAACAACUACUUUGAAGCUGCAGCGGGUCUUAUCCACCAUCACAAAGAGAUGGCUCUUUUCUUCUCUGAUUUGCUGUCAAUGAACAACGACGAAUGCCCAAACAUUAUUCUGGAGUGUGUUGCCGCUGAUGCUAAUGAUUCCGUGAUACAGAGCCUUGUAUGUGUUCUUGCCAUCGUCUACUGCAAAAUCCUCGGCCCUUACUGGCAGCUUCUGAAAAGCAGAGGAGAGUACUCGCUCUUCAGCCAGUACAUCCUCUGUCUCUACCAAAAGUACCUUGAUUGGUCCAAAGAUCCUUCAACGCUGCUGGAACCUGAAGGGGCCACAAAUGUUUUUCUGCAGUUCCCAUUGCAGGAGAAAACCUUUCAUGGAGUGUUUCAUUUCUGUGGCCAGUGGCGCACAAAUAGGGACCUAAUCAGAGCUUGCUUGAAGAGGAUAAUAAAGGUGAUUGCUGCUGUCACUGAGGAACAUCUGAAGGAUUUCCUGCCAGGAGGACCAUUUUCUAAAGUUCCUUCACCAGAUUUGAGCUUGAAACUUGUAGAUUGCACAUUCUCUGUCUUGAUGGCAGAAUAUCCCUCCAGCCAAGCGUACCCUUACAAGAAGGAAAAAACUCCAAAGUCCUCCAAACGCUCUUACAAGAGCUUGGACAGCUCUCAGGAAGACAAUGACCGAUCCGGUUCAUCUGACGAUGAUGGCUCUGAUGAAGCUUCCGGUUGGCAAGCUAAGAAGAAUACACACACCGGCCAAAAAGAGGCCUACAGUCCUCCGAUGAAGAAAGGUAUCGGUAGUAAAAAAGAAAAGGCACCAAAGGUACAUGAAGAGCUUGAGGAGAACAUGGAUAGGGAUUACAUAAUCGCUACAGUGAGCAGAAACGGAGGGCCGUGCAAGUCACAGCAGGACGUCGACAAAAUGCUGCUGCGUUUCGACGGAAAACCCAGAGCUGAGAAACGGGAAGCGAUGCGUUGUGAGAUCUUGUACCAGAAAAUGAUACUAAACAACCCAGACCCAAACUUGUAUUGUGAUUUCCACAACAGCACACAAAUGGUGUUAAAGCUGAAGCUCGCACUUCCUCGUGUUAAACCUGGGUACUCUCUUGUUUGGGCGCCUAGAAAGACAAAAGCAAAGCCUGUGUUCCAAGACGCAACAGAUGCUGCAACUGGAUACGGUGAAAACAGCCACACAUGAGAGCUUUUACUGCAUCUAAAAAGUGUGAUAUGGAGAGAUAGAGAAUACUUAUGUUAAUGUGACUUCCUCAUAUGAUUUUUUUUUUUUCCAUUUACAAACCAGUCAAAAAUACACACAAUGACCUCAAUAUUUCCGCACAAAUACAAUAAUGUCAGAUGAGAUCAAGAUGAAAAAUGACAAGAGCUUUCUCUGUGUGCCCAUUCAACUGUUGAUUACUUGUUUUCCUACAUUCCUUUUUUCUUCUCGUGCACUAAUUUGCUUAAGCUAAGUAGCCAAUUAAAUGGAUUCCUCUCACCGUUUCAAAAUGUUGAAUCUGCUGGGGGUGGAAAAUGGCGAGUAGCAAAGGUUCGAACACGCUGCAAAACCUAGGGCAACUUGGACCCAUGGCCGACAGUCUCCUUGGUGGGUCAGCACCUUUACUGUAUUUUCAAUGCCAAUAGAUGAGGUUUGGUUUUUGAAGCCCUUACACUUUUGAUAUGCUUGCAUAAUGUGCAUGGUGAUGUAUUGUAACAAGGCUUUUCUAGAAAGUUAGCCCCUUUUUUUUUUUUUCUUCAUUUUUUUGCUGAAAAGUUAUUUUUUUUCUAUGAGAUUGUACCCAUUGAGAUCAUGCAGAAGUCAGUUGAUAAUCACUGCUGGCUUAAACUAUAUUGUAUGAACCUCUGACAAAAUAAACAUCUUUGUUCACUUA